AACCAACUAACUAACUAGUAGGGAUCCCUCGCAGUUGUGCCGCCUGCUCGCUGAGCCAGCAGGCGAUCCCUCGCUCCUCUGCACCACCAGAGUCAAGUCAAACAGGCAGGCUCCCCAUCGUCUUCACUACCUGAGCGCCGGCCCAGUUUCUUGGUAAUAUAUUGGUAACCUCCUGCUAGUGCUCCUCCUCCUCCUCCUCACCUCGAUCGUCACCGCUGCUGGAACGAGGAGGAGGCGGCGGCGGCGGCGGAGGGGUGAUGAUGGCGAGCGGCGCUGGAGGCGGAGCGGCAGGGGAAGGCGAGUGGCUCAUGGUCGCCCAGCUCAGGGCCACGGUCCAGGCGCAGGACCCCCGCGCCAAGGAGGUGGACAACCUGACGCUGCGGAGGUUCCUGCGCGCGCGCGACCACAACGUCGACAAGGCCGCCGCCAUGUUCCUCAAGUUCCUCCAGUGGCGGAGGGAGGCGGUGCCCGAGGGCUUCGUGCCGGAGGAGAAGGUCCGGAGGGAGCUCCCGCAGGACAAGGUCUGCAUGGGCGGCGUCGACAGGACCGGACGCCCCAUCCUCGUUGCCUUCCCGGCCAGGCACUUCUCCGCCAACCGCGACCUGACAGAGUUCAAGAGUUAUGUUGUCUACUUCUUCGACACGAUCUGUGCCAGCAUUCCCAGAGGCCAGGAGAAAUUCCUCCUCCUCGUUGAUUUCAAGAGCUGGGGGUAUUCGAACUGCGACAUCCGGGCCUACUUGGCAGCUAUAGAGAUCAUGCAGAACUACUACCCGGAGCGGCUCGGCAAGGCGCUGAUGAUCAAUGUGCCCUACCUCUUCAUGAAGGCGUGGAAGAUGCUCUACCCGUUCAUCGACAACAACACCAGGGCCAAGUUCGUUUUCGUGAACAACAAGAGCCUGCACGAGACACUGCGCCGGGAGAUCGACGAGACCCAGCUCCCAGAGUUCCUUGGAGGGAAGACGCCCCUGAUCUCCCUCAAGGACUGUGCCCGGCAGCCUCAAUCCGUUUGACCCUACACACUGUCAUGCUUUUAGAGGGUACGAGAGCACAUGAUUAUCCAUGGUGUUGUAACAGGGAUUGUAUCUAGAUAAGGUCCCGAAAUAAUGGUGUAACUGUAAGAUGCAGCAGUGUCUGCUUGCAUGGGGCGGGGUCUAUUCACUAGUUCGACUGAAAUCAAUUAACCGAGCUCUGGCUGUAUGCAUAUGAAAACUAUGAACAGGAAGGCACCUUCCAAGCCACGACAUUCCCUUGCUGCUUCUGUCCUUUUAAA